AUGGACCCCAAAACAAGUCUCCAUCAUGACGAUCUCGAUAACUACAAUGUCGAUGAUUUUGAUGACCCCUUUCAGUCCCCACCACCUGAAGUAAGAGAUGGCAACAGCAGAAACAAGAGGAAGAAGGCAGAAGCCCUGGGGCUUGACGAAGAGGUCGAGGUAGCAAAGCGAGUGAGAGUACCCCGAGUGAAGUUGGACGAGACUCGACUGCUAUCCGAGAACGGAAUACCCAAGCUUCGGAAACGCGCCACGAACCUCAGAUUCAAGGGCAGGGGACAUGAAUUUUCUGAUGCAGCUCGUCUUCUGGCUUUUUAUCAGCUCUGGCUUGACGAUCUCUUCCCAAAAGCCAAAUUUCUUGAUGCUCUAGCCAUGGUCGAAAAGGCCGGGCAUAAGAAGCAAAUUGCCCUUAAACGCAUGGAUUGGAUCAACGAGGGCAAACCUAAACCUUGGGAGGAAGACGACGACAAGAUGGAAAAAGGUAACGAGUCGACGGGCCAGAAAAAAGACAUGACGCCCUUGGCGCCCGCCGUAACAAUGGGCACAGAGGAACAGCGUCCAAUAACACCAGAAGGAGGAUACAUGCCAGAUGAUCAUGAUAUCUAUGGAGCAACACCUCUGGUGCCGGUCGGACGGCGGGAACAAGAACGAUCGAAGCGGCCUAUCGAAGAACCUGAGGACGACGAUCUCGACGCACUGAUGGCCGAGGCGGAAGCUGCGUCUCAGGCACAGGCACAGGCACAGUCUCGGCAGGCGCCAGGUGUGAAGUCCGUCACGGACGAUUUUGCCGAUGAAGAAGCAGCCAUGGCAGAGAUGGAUGGACUGUGGUAA